AUGUUCAUCCGCGAGCAGGCUCGAGAGCGUCUGCGAGCGCUCGCGUCGUCGCGGAGACCGAACCCGAGCGCGUUGAGAGGCGCGGAUGGGACGAGUGCGUUUAAAUCUCGCGAGACGAGGCGAGGAGAUGUCCCGGAGGAGAAGAUGGAGGCGACGCCGCGACCGCGGGGCGAGCUCGGAACGCGCGAGCGGAGAAUGUUCGCCGGGUUGGUCGGAACGCUGAGACAGAGUAAAUCGAACCUUGAGGAGAAGGAGCGAGAGGUGCUGGAGAAGCGGAAGGCGAUCGAGGCGGCGGUGACGGGGAAGAGCGAAGAGAUUCGUCGAGAAUUGAGAGAGGCGCAGUACAAGGAGUUUCUCGAGAAGCGAGACGCCGAGGAGAAGAAGAAAUUUGAGGUGGAUUUAAAGUACAAGGAGACCGAGCGGGCGCUCAUCGAGGCCGAGUACGAGGAAAUGAAGGCGGCAGUGCGCGAUGGGGGGCUGUUGACGAAGACGGAGCCGAUACUGGUUUACAAGCGGGCGCGUCGAAGCGCGGACGAUGACGCGGCGUGUCAGGAGAGCGAAGAGAGGCUGGAGCUGUGGCUCAAAUCACAGCUCGAGCGCAUCGACAACGCAAUUCGAGUGAUUCAUAAGAAGCGCGAGGAGACUAUCGAACGUCGAGCAAAGGCGAUGGCGCGAGGUGAGGAUCACGAGGAUGUCGACGUAGAAGACGCCGUUGAGGAACUUCAAGAUUUCGACGAAGCAAUGAUCGAAACGUGA